ACUAUAGAGAGAUAUUUACAAAAAAAAAAAAAAUUAUAGUUCAUAAAAGAAAUUUCACAAUAGAAAAAAAUUCAGGACAAAAGUCUACACUUAGUUGGGUUAGUUGGGGGGCUUAAUCCAUUUUAUUGUAAGAUAUCUUUCUAUAAUAAUUGUAAGAUAUCUUGUAAAAUUCAAUUCAAUUAAUUUAUUUUUUAAAAAAAAAAUGAAUUUGAAAAUGAAGCAAGAGACGGUGACUCUGGUUCUGGUCAACCUGGCCGGGAUCAUGGAGAGAGCCGACGAGUCCCUGUUACCGGGUGUGUACAAAGAAGUUGGCGCCGCCCUCCACACCGACCCAACUGGACUUGGUUACCUCACUCUCUUCAGGUCUAUGGUCCAGUCCUUGUGCUACCCACUCGCCGUUUACUUCUCCCUACGCCAUAACCGAGCUCACGUUAUCGCUCUCGGCGCUUUCCUUUGGGCCGCUGCCACUUUCCUUGUCGCCUUCUCUUCCACUUUUCUUCAGGUGGCCGUAUCAAGAGCAUUAAAUGGGAUAGGCCUUGCUCUAGUGGCUCCUGCAAUUCAGUCCCUUGUGGCUGAUUCAACGGAUGAGAGUAAUCGUGGUAUGGCUUUUGGAUGGCUCCAAUUAACUGGGAACCUUGGCUCUAUAAUCGGUGGCCUCUCUUCUAUAUUGAUAGCUCCAACAACUUUCAUGGGAAUAGCUGGUUGGAGGAUCUCGUUUCAUAUUGUUGGGAUAAUCAGUGUGAUUGUUGGGGUGUUAGUGCGUGUCUACGCUACUGAUCCCCAUUUCCCAAAUGAAAUAAAACCCAGCAAUGAGAUUUCUCGGAAUUCAUUUUGUUCAGAAGUCAAGGUGCUUGUAAAAGAAGCUAAGGCAGUCGUUAAAAUAUCAUCAUUUCAGAUUAUUGUGUUGCAGGGUGUUACUGGUUCUUUUCCCUGGUCGGCUCUUGCAUUUGCACCCAUGUGGUUGGAGCUUACAGGAUUCUCUCAUGAGAAAACUGCAUUUCUUAUAGGCUUGUUUGUGGUUUCUGGUUCCCUUGGAGGACUUUUUGGUGGUAAAAUGGGUGAUGUCCUUUCUGUUCGUCUACCGAAUGCUGGAAGGAUAAUCCUGGCUCAAAUAAGUUCGGCAUCUGCUAUUCCUCUUGCAGCCAUACUUCUACUGGCUUUACCUGAUGAUCCAUCAACAGCAGCCAUUCAUGGUUUGAUCUUGGUUGUAAUGGGAUUUUUCAUAUCUUGGAAUGGUCCCGCCACGAACAAUCCUAUUUUCGCAGAGAUAGUUCCUGAGAAAUCCCGAACCAGCGUUUAUGCAUUGGACAGGUCUUUCGAGUCUGUGCUCUCAUCAUUUGCUCCCCCUGUAGUGGGGUUAUUGGCUCAACAUGUUUAUGGUUAUAAACCGGUUGCUAAAGGGUCCUCUGCAUCUGAAGAAAUUGCUGCAGAUAGAGAAAAUGCUGCAUCUUUGGCCAAGGCUCUGUACACAGCAAUAGGAGUUCCAAUGGCUCUCUGCUGUCUUAUCUACUCAUUCCUGUAUUUAACCUAUCCAAGGGAUCGGGAGCGAGCUCAAAUGGAAGCUUUGAUAGAAUCAGAGAUGAUGCAGAUAAGAUCAGAAUUACCUGUAGAUGGGCAACAUCGUCAUCAAGUUCUGUUAUCUGGGUCAGAAGUGGAGGAAAGAACAGUAAUUGAAGUGGAGUAUGAAGAAGAUGCUAGUUUUGAUUUUGAUGAUGAUGUUGAUAGUGAUGGUGAUGAGAAUACCUUGCUGCACCGCCAGUUGACCUUUGCCAAUCCAAGUGCUCUGUAAAUAUAAUCUACAGGCAGACCUUGGCUUAAAUUCCACAAAUCUACAAUAUCGGAAAAACUUAAGCUUGUGAAGGCAUACCCUGCUUUUUGCAGGUAUAAACCUUACUAAAGAAAGUAACAGGCGGUAACCAUACAAAAAAUGUUGACAGUGUUAGCUAAGAUGCCAACUUCAGAGUCUCUGUGAUCCCAACUAAGAAAAAGGGGAGAUGGAAAUUCAAAGCUUGAUGGUAAUGUAAUCUAUGUUACCCUCAAUUUUGUUAAGUGGUGAAAAUUCUAGUCCUAUAUAGAAAAGAUUUUAGGUUUUGCUUACAAAUCAAUGGACAGUAAAGAACUAGCGAGAAGUGUUUUCUUCAUUCGUGUAUCUACUAACAUUUCUUUUGUAUACAACUUUUGGGGUUUUCCAGUUACAAUAAGUAAAUUUGAGAAUGUUUAGUGAA